CUCUACUUCGCAUUCGGAAGCAACAUGUGUCUCGAGCAGAUGGCGUCGCGAUGCCCAGACAGCAUCUUGACAGCGAUAGGGAUCUUAAGAGGAUACAGAUGGCAAAUCAACCAACGUGGCGUUGCAAACGUGGUUCCUUCUCCAUCUGAUAUUGUCGUUGGCAUCGUCUUUCGGGUUUCCGAGGCAGACGUCAAGACUCUUGAUCGGAACGAGGGAGUCUCCAGGGGGUUUUAUGAGAGACAUUCGCUUGAUAUUGAGUUACAGCCACUUUUGCUCGAAGAGCUCAGUGGACAACAGACGGCUAUUGCGAUGAAAGCUUUGCGAGAUUACAAGGAAUCACCGCGUGGAGUUCAGACAUCGAACCCUCGUUCCGUGGACACAGCGAACGACUACAUACAGCAGCGAACGCCUUCCAACUAUACGUCUUCAACAGAUACAUCAUCAAUAUCAAAUCCAAAGGUAAUGCGGGCGCUUGUGUAUGCCAGCCGUCAAUAUUGCAACGAUGGAAGCAUCAGAGCAGAGUAUGUG